UGCUCCAGGCGAGCGAGCGAGCGAGCAUCCCCUUCGGAGGGAGAAGGCGAAACUCCGGAGCCCACGCCGCCGCGCAACCCGGGCCACAACAACAGAAGAGCCCGCCUUCCCAGGGGAAGAAGGAGAAGAGGAGGAGGCCUCCCUGCACACUCCGCCUGUUUGCCUGCCUUGAUUGUCAAGCGCGGGGCUCCUCUCCGGCGGAUGGCGCGCCUCGCUGGGAGAGAAGCCCACCUUGGCCUCGGGGCUGGCGGCUCCCCGGAGGGCUGCCCAGGCUGGCCCUGACAUGCGGAGGCGCCCUCGCUCCUCUCCCUCCUCCGUGUGCUACCUGCGCCUCGGAGGCUCCUUCGCCGACGCCGCCUCCUGUUGUUCCCGACGGCGCGGACCGGGCUGCCCUCCCGCCCCUUCGGCGCCAUGUGGCUCCCGCUCCUGUCCGCCUUGUCGCUGGGACUGGUCUCGCCGGGAUGGGCACAAGCGCCAGACAACAGAUGUGCCACUUCACAUGCAACAACAUGUGCCACAUGCCUUGCUCUGGGCCCAGAAUGUGGAUGGUGCAGUCAAGAGGAGUUUAUGACUGGAACAAGGCGGAAGGAACGAUGUGACAAAGUUCUCCAUUUAAUAAAAAGGGGCUGCAGGGAGGAUUUUAUAGAAAGUCCCAAAGAUGAUAUAAAAGUAUCCAGCAAUGAAGUUCAUAUACAAGUGACACCAGGAGAAGUGUCCAUUCACCUCUAUCCAGGAUCUGAAGCAAGUUUUAUGUUGAAAGUCCACCCACUGGAAAAGUACCCCGUGGACCUCUAUUAUUUAGUUGAUGUGUCUGCAUCAAUGCACAAAAACAUAGAAAAAUUAAACUCUGUUGGAUUUGAUUUAUCUCAAAAGAUGAAAAAUAUUUCUGUUGAUUUACGGCUUGGAUUUGGAUCCUAUGUGGAUAAGACAGUGUCACCUUAUAUUAGUAUUCAUCCAGGCAGAAUCCACAAUCAGUGCAGUGAUUAUGAUCUAGAUUGCAUGCCUCCACAUGGUUAUAUCCAUGUCUUAUCACUGACAGACCAAAUAGCAGAAUUUGGGCGUGCAAUCAAUAAGCAAAAGAUCUCUGGAAAUAUUGACACACCUGAAGGAGGAUUUGAUGCUAUGCUUCAGGCUGCUGUGUGCCAGAGCCAGAUUGGUUGGCGCAAAGAAGCAAAACGUCUACUCCUCAUGAUGACAGAUCAGACCUCUCAUCUGGCUCUUGACAGUAAAUUAGGAGGAAUAGUAAUUCCUAAUGAUGGAAAUUGCCAUUUAAAAGAUAACGUGUACACCAAAGCAACCAGUAUGGAGCAUCCAUCACUCGGUCAACUUGCUGAAAAGCUCAUAGACAACAAUAUUAGUGUAAUCUUUGCAGUCCAAGGAAGCCAAUAUCAUUGGUAUAAGGACCUUUUGUCUCUGCUGCCUGGCACUGUUGCAAGACAGAUAGAAUCACAAGCAGCAAAUCUGGGAGAUCUGGUGGUAGAUGCUUACAAGAAUCUGCUUUCUGAAGUGAAAAUUCAGGUGGAUAACACAGACCAAGACAUAAAUGUCAAAGUUACUGCAAUCUGUCCUGAUGGGAGUAGAAAAACAGGCUUAGAAGGAUGCAGAAAUGUGAAAUCCACAACUGAAGUAUCCUUUAAUGUCACCAUUACAAUGAAGAAAUGUGGAACCACUGAAGGAAGAAAAUACAUAAUGAUAAAACCCCUUGGUUUCAAUGAAUCUACCAGGGUUAAUAUACAUAAAAGAUGUGCUUGUCAGUGUGAGGGUAAAAGAAUAUGUGUGGAUGAAAUGUCUCCGGAUUCCCAAACUUCCCACUGCAAGGAUGGUAUCUGUGAUUCCAGUGAUGAAUUCUCUUCAGAGCAAUGCAAAAUGAAAGGGGACCAUCUAAUCUGUAGUGGCCAAGGAGAGUGUGUAGGUGGGAAAUGCAUUUGCUACAAAACCAAACUCGGCACAGUAUAUGGUGAAUAUUGUGAAAAGGAUGAUUUUUCCUGCCCAUAUUACCUUGGAAACCUGUGUGCUGGCAAUGGUGAAUGUGAAGCUGGAAAAUGCAAAUGCAUUGGUCCCUGGGAAGGUGAUCGCUGCCAAUGUUCAUUAUCAUUGAAAAAAAACUGCAUGAAUUCAGAUGGUCAGAUCUGCAGCGGAAGAGGAACUUGUGUGUGUGGAAGAUGCAAAUGCACUGAUCCCAGCAGUUUUGGCCAUCUAUGUGAAUUCUGCCCUGCUUGCAGAACAAUUUGCAAUGACAGGCGGACUUGUGUGCCAUGUCAUUCCAACUCAUCUCAAAUUACACUUGACCAGUGCAAAACCUCAUGUGCUUACAGGGUGCAUCAUACAGAACAAUCUUUAGGCUGCAUCUCUGAUGAUCCAAGCCACUUCAGAAUCUUUUUCAUAAUCUUCAUUGUGACCUUUCUGAUUGGCUUGCUGAAUGUGCUUAUAAUUCGUCAGAUCUUUCUGCAGUGGAACAAUAAUAAAAUUAAGUCUUCUGCUGAUUACAGAGUGGCUGCAGCAAAAAAGGAGAAAAUGUUCCUACCUACUGUUUGUACAAAAACAGUAACCUACAGACGCGACAACCCUGAAGAAAUAAGCAUCCACCUCAGCAAGUUACAAGUAAAUGAAACUUUCUGUUGCAACUCCUGAAAGCAAGACCGCUUUCUCCAGAGCUUUUGUUUCUACAGAACUUCAUUUGAAAGUUCUUGCCUGCCUGAUACUUGGAAGGUUUAUAGUUUUGAAUACUGUAAUGAAAAACUGACCUGGAAACCUGGUUACGCAACUUGGCUGGGUUUCAAGUUGAGCUGCUCUGCCUUGAAAAACAAAUGUGCAUUAACUACUGAUUAACAUAAUUAGACCAAUUAGACCAAUACUGAGAUAUUUAGAUUGGGAGCCUGUUCAGUCCCUUUUGAGAUCAAUAGGAUAAAAUUGGCUUAAAUCUGAUUACAUUCUGGCACAAGCAGGCUUUAUUCCGGUUCAUGACACCACUCUGCAUUGUAGCACUUUAAAAUAAUAUAACUUAUUUAGCUGUGGCGUAGAAUGUUAAUCUAAACUGGUUUGACAAAAAAGCACUGAUCUCACUUUAGAGGUAGCUAACACAGAUUUGGUCUAUGGCAGGGCUUCCCAAAUUGUGUUUUUAAAAAUGUAGCUGGUACAAAUGGGUGACAAGUCACUGCUCAGACCUGUUCUGAAUGCUGGCAGCGGAAAUGAAUGUGCAAAGCAAGACAGCUUUAGGAAUCAAAAAGUCUGCCAACAAGUUAUAAGUCUAUUACCUGCCAUCCAACCACAGCACUGAUGUUGCAAACCUAGAUAUUCUAUAUUGCACUAAUUUUGGAAGAGGCUGUGAAUAAGUAGGCUUGGAAGCAGCCUACACAAACAACACUAAGGUCACAAUCCAAUACAUGUUUUGCCUGAAGCAAUUCUUAUUGCUAGCUGUGGAAUUGGCCUCUACGGAAACCUGGAUUGCAAAUGUUCAGAAGCUAGGACAAGAGAGGCUGUUUCUCCAGGCAACUGUGUACUCACUCCUUGGUUCGGAAACUGGCAUCCCAAAAAACUGUUGCUCUGUGCAGAAGCACAAAUCGUGAUCACAUUAGCUGUCGUGUAUUUCAGAGAACACUAGACAGAAUGGCAAGCAUGGUGGCAUGCAAAGCACAUUCUAAUUAAUCUCUUUUUCUAUUUAUUGUUUUGUAGUCUCCCAAAUAUUUGAUAUAGUUCUCUUUUUGUAGAAGACUGGAAUAAAUAGAAGUUCAACUCUGACUAUUUUAAUUAAAGAUCUGUAAUAGUUUAUAGUUAUUUAAAAAGAAUUUCUACUUCAUACAGAUAAUGUAUUAAAAGGUUAGGUCUAUGAUUAAAAGAAAAACAAACCAAUGCCCUACAAGGCCCAUAUUGAUGAGGCAGAUAGCAGGCAGGGGUGUUAUUUGCUACUCUUCCUCAACAAAGAGCAGUAGGAGGAACAUCACUGUGCUCCCAUGUUGUGGAGUAUGAUAAAGGACUAAGAUUUAUUUGGAUUCCUUAAAUCCCAAGUCUCUCCUGCUCCACCUACACAUCUCCUUUGACCCAUGCCUUUCUGCACCCUUUAUUGUUGGAGAAGUAGGGUGGAGAUUUUUUUGGUGGACAAAAGAUAGAUCCCUGAUUGGUUCCCUUCUGUGUUGGAGCUCCUUAUUGGAUUUCCACUAUCUUAUAGCCUAUGGUAUCACACUCAUUUUCAUCAAGGGCCACAUCAGCCCCUAUUGUUGCCUUCAGUGGGCUGUUGAAUCCAUGGAUGAAGAAUCUGUGGAUACAGAGGGCCAACUAUAAUUUUUUACUUAGCAGUCAGUGCUCUUUCAUUUUUACCCAGUUUGAGUCCCCCCAAUGUUAUUGAAUGAUAACUCCCAUCCCUUUUGAUUAUCUGCCAUGCAGACUGGGUAUAAUGGGAAUUGCAACCCAACAGCACUUAUGGUUCUGAGGUUGGGGAAAGAUUAAAAGACAUUUUAAAGUCAGACAUAUUCACAAGCCUUGUAUCUUAACUCAAACUCCACUAUUCUGAUUAAACAAAACAAACUGUAACUUCCAGAUGUUACUGUAUCACAAUUCCCAUCAGCUCUAGUCAUGGUGUCUAAUGAUGAGGAAUACAGGAACUGAAGUCCAGCAUAGGGAGGGCCACAUAAAAUGGCAUGGUGAGCCAGAGGCCUUGAGUUUGAAAUCUGCUAUAGCCCUAUAAGUGGGGAAACCUCUAUGGUGUCAAGUACAUGAGAAGAUGGUGAUCAGAGAGGAGAUCAGGAAGGUGACAUUAACAGAGCUGUCAUCAAAUGAAGUAUUCUCUGUCAACCUAAAUGUAAAAUUGUUCCAUUGAACUCAGUAGGGCAUUAACCCGAGUGGACAUAUACAAGAAUGCACUCUUGUUUGGAGACUUUGCCCUAGUAGAUGAGUGCACAGGUCUUAAAUGCUCAUUCAGCAGUGCUGUUGCGUGUUCUGUGUACACCUCUGUUGCAGGCAUCGAGACAUCUGUAGCAUUGAGGUGAAUGGGACACCUUGGGUCUCUGGAACCGUGCAUUGCAAUUCUGUGGAUCUUUGAAUUAUGAUAAAAAAAUUAUUUAUUUUUCUAUGUAUGGAAAAUGCGCUCCACUGAGGCUACAGUGCACAAACUGCACAAUCGUAGCACUUUUAGGAUUAGAAUGUAUAUUGUUCUUUGGAUAAUUCACAACCUGACUUGCUGAAACAACCAAAUUAUGUGUUUCUAUUAAAUUUCUUUCUUUCUCUCCCCGGACUGUCUUUACACACUGCUGAUUGAAGGUACCAAAUUUGUGUUGAAAUAAUUUUAAGUUAAAUGCCAAUAGCAACGCCAUGUUAGCUAUAACUUCUUUAUACAAAUGGAACAGAUUUUCUUUCUCUUUGUCUUGCCAUCACCUUUUCCCAAUUUGGAUGUUCAACAGAAAAAAAAGAACUAAUUUGAAAUGUGUAUUUUGUAGUUUGCCGUUGUCAUGUUUUGUGUGUUCAAUCUCUUUUGUAAACAAUGUGUGAGAACUGUUUUUUAAAGAUUGAGUUUUAAAAACUAGAAAUGUAAUUUAAUUUUGGUUUCUUAAACACUUUAAAAUCACUGCCGUAACCUCCAUUUAUUUAAAAUGUGUUUUGUAGUGUACAUGACUAACUUUUAAAUGUAAGUUUAUUUAUUAAUUUGUCACUUUACUAUAUUGUGAGAUAGUUUAUUUUUCUAUGAGAGUUUCAAUAACUAUGACUUAGCAUUAUUUUAAUGCAAAAUUAUUGUACUUGUUCUCAAACAGUAAAAACAUGGAUCUCUAAUCCAUUGUUGGGAUAUUCUUAUAGUAAUACAAAUUUCCUCCUUUUUUGAUUUACCUUUUAAAAAGAGGUUUUUUUACAAUAAAACAGCCUUCACCAUGAAGAGUGCCAUCCCCAUGGCUGCAUAUCUGCUAAUGAUAA